AUGCCGUGCAGUGAAAAGCACGAUUCGGACGACGCUGGAAACCGUGCCAGCAAGCGCCGGCGGGUAGGCACUGAUGCUGCCUCUGUUCGUUGCGGCGGGUGCGGAGAUGUGGUGUUGUUCAAAGAAGCAUUGCGUGCGCUUCGUGGUGCUGGUUGGAAGGCAAAGCCACUGCCCCGACGCAGUCUUGACACACGUUACAAGUAUGUUCGCCCAGGCGGAAACCCUGCAGGCGCAGAGGACGUUGACUACGUGCUGGGAGAAGGCGGUGUUGUUGCAGAGUACGUGAAAAGUGUAGCUGUACAUGGGCGUGGUAGCGCAGCCGCCGCUGUAGGUUCCGGAGGAGAUGGAAUUGGUGACGACGAGACCGCUGGGUUUCGUGACGGCGUUGAGUCCGAGGGAAGCGGAGGUACUGGACUAAGUGAAUAUUGUGGCGGUGGUGAUGGUGUAUGUGGAUCUGGUGUACGUGGGUCAGGCGAUGGAGUUGGUAAUGGUGCUGUCGGAGAUUAUGGUGAUGGAGAUAGUGCUGGUUGUGACGGCGACGAUACCGUUGGAUUACGUGGAGGAGAAGGUCGUCGUGGAGAUGCCGGCAGCGUGUGCGCUGGUGGGGACGAUGAACGAGGGAGUGCAGAAAGCGCUAUCCGUGAUAGUGUGCGUGUUGAUGAAGCUCACAGGUGUGGGGGAAGAAGUGGUUUUGAAUCGCUCGAUGCUGCUGGAGUGGCUAUGCAAGAUGCUGUUGUCGUGAAUGCUCAACAACAAGUGGAAGGGUCUGGUCGAGGUGGUGUCCAAGGACGAGGACGAGGUCGUGGCACUAUGGCGGUAGAACCGGCUGGCCGUGGUCAAGGUCCGGGUAGAGGUCGGGGCCGUGAUAGUGGUCGUGGUCGAGAGCGUCAGCGUGGGAGGUCAACGGAGUCUGAUCAAGACGAGUCUGAUGCCGGCUCAGGUGCUGAAUCUGAUGGUGGCGAUGACACUUCAACACACAACGGGGAAGUCGUGCCAGACCGUCAGACACUGUGUCAGCUGUACACAAACACCCUCGUGGUCUUUUCACCUUCUCGUGAAAGGUGGAUGACUCAAAAGAAGUACAAACACGUUGGAACGACCUAUAUUAUCGGAAGAAUAUGUCGAGGCGUUCAAAAAUCCAAACAAGCUCCGCUGCUAUUCCAGCUCACAUGGCUGGACACCCAGUUUCACAAGCACGCAGAAAGCAUCACGGUUGACUUAGUCCAGAAGGGCCAUCACAACUACAAUCUACUUACACCAAACACAAUCCAUCACUUCCUGUAUCAGGAACUGCUUCAUCCAUCGAAUCUGCUACAGGAGCCGCGCUACUUGUCUUUGCCAAAUGAGCGACAGUCGCAUCUGCGCGAGGUAUUGCUCCACUUGUCGUCGACGCGGCACUAUUACCAGAACAAGGCACUGCACCACUUGGACCAGGCACUGUACCACUUGACGGCGCUGUCGCCUGCGCGCGAGCACCACUAG